AUCUUUCAAGUGACGUGGCUCGAUGACGGAAGGAUCGUUAUUUGACUUUCUCCCAGAAAUUUGUACAUUUUCCCAUUAAUAAUGUUAUAUGGUAAAAUGGGUAGGUGAACAUUGGCUGUACCUUUAUAUACGGUGCACCUAAAACUACUGGUCAACCUAAAGCUUCUUCUAUAAGAACAAUCCACUAUGACAACGUAUGAAGAUUUUAUUCAACAGAAUGAAGAUCGUGACGGUGUGCGUUUUACAUGGAACGUAUGGCCGUCUUCACGUAUUGAUGCUACCAGGCUUGUUGUACCACUAGGAACAUUGUACCAACCAAUUAAAGAACGAGCGGAUCUUCCACCUAUCCAAUAUGACCCUGUAUUAUGUACAAGAUCCACCUGCAGGGCUAUCUUAAAUCCAUUGUGCCAAGUGGACUAUCGUGCCAAGUUAUGGGUCUGCAACCUCUGCUUCCAGAGAAAUCCUUUUCCACCACAGUAUGCCGCAAUUUCAGAACAGCAUCAACCAGCAGAACUUAUUCCAAUGUUUUCAACAAUCGAAUAUACAAUAAUGCGGGCUCAAUGUUUACCACCAAUAUUCUUGCUCGUCGUGGAUACAUGUAUGGAUGAUGAAGAAUUAGGAGCGCUUAAGGAUUCACUACAGAUGUCCUUAUCUUUGCUUCCUCCCAACACUCUGAUCGGUCUUAUUACGUUCGGCAGAAUGGUUCAAGUUCAUGAGUUAGGAUGCGAUGGUUGCAGCAAGAGUUAUGUAUUCCGCGGCACGAAGGAUCUGCAGCCGAAACAGGUCCAGGAUAUGUUAGGUAAAAGUAUAGGUAGACCGUUUCCCGGACAGAACCCAAGCCAACCGAGAGGACCCGGCACGCAACCAUUGCCGCCGGCCAAUCGUUUUUUACAGCCGGUCCAUAAGUGUGACAUGAAUCUAACGGACCUUCUAGGAGAGCUACAGCGCGACCCGUGGCCCGUUGGGCCAGGAAAACGUCCAUUGAGAUCUACUGGUGUGGCAUUAGCCGUUGCUACUGGUCUCCUAGAAGCUAGUUACGCUAACACUGGUGCUAGAAUUAUGCUGUUCCUCGGUGGGCCGUGUUCCCAAGGACCCGGUCAAGUAGUAACCGACGAUCUACGACAGCCGAUCAGAUCACAUCAUGAUAUCCAGAAGGAUAACGCCAAGCAUAUGAAGAAGGCGACCAAGCAUUAUGACGCGUUGGCGUCGCGUGCCGCUGCCAAUGGCCACAUUAUAGACAUAUAUUCCUGCGCUCUCGAUCAAACCGGUUUGCUGGAGAUGCGACAGUGCUGCAACUCCACCGGCGGCCACAUGGUGAUGGGAGAUUCGUUCAACUCAUCUUUGUUCAAGCAGACCUUCCAACGUGUAUUCGCCAAGGACUCCAAAGGCGACCUAAAGAUGGCAUUCAACGCUACUUUAGAGGUGAAAACGUCACGGGAGAUCAAGGUUUCCGGAGCGAUCGGGCCCUGCGUGUCGUUAGGAGUGAAAGGAGCUAGCGUAGGAGAACAGGAAGUAGGAUUGGGCGGUACUUGUCAAUGGAAGUUCUGCUCACUGACGCCGUCCACGACCACGGCUCUCUUCUUCGAAGUUGUAAACCAGCACACCGCACCGAUCCCACAGGGUGGAAGAGGCUGCAUCCAAUUCAUCACUCAGUAUCAACAUAGCAGCGGUCAGAGAAGAAUCCGAGUCACUACUAUCGCGAGAAAUUGGGCAGACGCGUCGUCGUCCUUGCAUCAUGUGAGCGCGGGAUUCGACCAGGAGGCAGCGGCCGUUCUCAUGUCGCGUUUAGCUGUGUUUAGAGCGGAAAGCGACGACGGACCAGAUGUAUUAAGAUGGGUCGAUCGUAUGCUGAUCAGACUUUGCCAAAAGUUCGGAGAGUAUGCCAAGGACGAUCCAAAUAGCUUCAGAUUGGCGGAAAACUUUUCCUUGUACCCGCAAUUCAUGUAUCACUUGCGUAGAUCGCAAUUUUUACAAGUAUUCAAUAAUUCGCCCGAUGAGACCAGUUUCUACAGACAUAUGCUUAUGCGUGAAGAUUUAACAAAUUCUUUGAUCAUGGUUCAACCUAUCUUAUACAGUUAUGGAUUCAAUGGGCCCCCGGAGCCUGUAUUAUUAGAUACUUCGUCCAUUCAACCCGAGAGAAUUCUGUUAAUGGACACAUUCUUCCAGAUACUCAUUUUCCACGGAGAGACCAUCGCGCAAUGGCGACAGUCAAAGUAUCAAGAUCUGCCGGAAUACGAAAACUUCAGGCAGUUAUUGGCAGCGCCUGUUGACGACGCGGCGGAGAUAUUAGGCGGCAGAUUUCCCGCGCCACGAUAUAUCGAUACGGAACAAGGCGGAUCUCAAGCUAGAUUCCUACUGAGUAAAGUUAAUCCGAGCCAGACUCACAAUAAUAUGUAUGCUUAUGGCGCGGGGAUGCCGAUGCCCAACGGGGAAAGCGGUGCACCUGUGUUGACCGACGAUGUCAGUUUGCAAAUAUUCAUGGAGCAUCUGAAGAAAUUAGCUGUAUCAUCUACAGCAUAAAUCAAUGAAUAUGUUAUUUAUACUUGCAGUAUGUGUUAUGAUAAACGUUCAUUUAUCAUAUAAUAUUUUAUAAUAUAAUAAAAAUCUAUCUGGAAAAUGCAGAAUAGGCGAGCGAAGAAAGUCGAAUUUGUAAAUAUAAAGCUUUUCAAGGAAAAAUCACAAUAAAUUUGAAAAUCAGAUGAUUAUGAAACAAGUAGCAGUGUAAAUUAAUUCAAUGUUAAAAAGACGUUGCAAUCAUAAAAUAUAGAUUGUGAAUUAUUUAGAACGUAGAUUUUUACGUAGACAAUAAAGCAGAACGUUUCUUGUGUGAUUUCACACAUUUGUAAGCUCAUUCCAGAUCUAUAUUUGUGUUUGAUAUUAAUUGAUGAUUGAGGUAAGAGAUAAUGCAACGCAUGUAAACAAAUAUUAGUAAAUAAUUUUAAAGUUUCUCCAGUAAUAUUACUGUUUUUUUCUGUAUUUUUCCUUAACAUUCUGUAUGUUGUAAGCAAUAAAUGAA